AAUGAAUUGUUGCGCUACGGGUGACGUCACGCCCGUUGUUUCGGAUGACGUUGAGAGAAGCAGGCCGCACGCGCAUAGCAGGAACCUACUCUGUCAGAUUUCUGUGGAUCAAGGUCGUCGAUUUCUCCUCAAUCACACGGAAAUACGGGAUCGCCCUCUCCCGUCCCCCUUACCCCCCUUCUCAAACAGCAUGGCUCAGGAGACAAAUCAGACGCAGGUGCCAAUGCUUUGCACUAUGGGAUGCGGUUUCUAUGGUAACCCUCGCACCAAUGGAAUGUGUUCUGUUUGCUACAAGGAACAUCUGCAGAGACAACAAGGAGGGGGGCGAAACAGUCCCCCGGGUGAGAAAGCUGCCACAUCUCCUGUAGGUUCCCCAGGUGCCUCUGCGGUAACGGUGGAGUCCACCCCUGUACCCGCUACGGAAGCCGUUACCCCGCCUGAAGAGCGCACGUCUAGUAGUUCGCCCAGCCCAGUAACCCAGCAGAUGACGGCUAUGAGCAUCUCCCAGGACACGGCAACCACUGAUUCAGACAGAGCAGAAGUGGAGGAAGAAGAGGAGGAGGGUUCAUCUAAAAGCACAGGGCCAGUAGGGGAAGCUGCACAGGCUUCAUCAGACGGAGAUCAGACUCCUGACAAGAACAAAAAGAAGAAUCGAUGCUUCACUUGUAGGAAAAAAGUUGGCCUCACGGGCUUUGACUGUCGCUGCGGUAACCUGUUUUGCGCUAUCCACCGUUAUUCUGACAAACAUGACUGUCCCUACGACUACCGAGGAGCCGCCGCCGCCCGCAUCCGCAAGGAGAACCCCAUCGUGGUAGCUGAGAAAAUUCAAAAGUUAUGAGGACUGACGGCUAAAUGAGCAAAAAUUUGUUUGACCUGCAAGUUUUGGAACCGUGGCGCUGAAUAACACCAUUCUAAACUGGGUUCAUUUCUUCAUUGUAGGAUAAGGUGGGUGGGGUUGUAGGGUACAGCCCCUGCUUGGCGACUCCCUAAACUAUCAUCUCCCUGUCUCUCCCAGAAGGGCGGUGUAGAGGUGUGUGUGUGAGUGAAUGUGUGACAUGUUGAGAGAGGUGUGCGAGUGUGUCGUUUUCUUUUUUUUUUUUUUUUUCUAGAGAGCCAGGGAGAAGAGGGAUUGGUUGUCAGCUGGGCAUCCAUGUGCACCGGGGUGGGGAGGGUGGACUCUUUAGUUUUUACCCUGGCAUUGAUUUUUGUUAGGAUAUUAACAUUAUUUUUUUAUAGGAUCCUUGAGAUGUGGGUUCAGGAGUCUUGAUUUGGAAAGGGUGGGCGGGGUCAUCGAGCUUGGUGGGAACUUGAUGUUGAAGAAUAUAGAUUUUAAUGACUACUCCCACAUUUACCCAUGUAAAAUUCUUUAACUGUGUUAUUCUUUUGUUUCUCUAUUCUGAUUAAUUAUCCCGACAUGUCAAAUCCCAGCCUGUGCAUUUAAAAAAUAUUUCUCUUUUAUAUAUUGACUUAUCAUGCUAAUGUUGGGUGCAUGAAUAGUUAUCGGACGGGGUUCGAAGGGGGGCGGGAAAGGGGUGUAGCAAGAGCCUUGACAUAAGCGAGUGACUGAGAUAUUUUUUUUUCUUUUCUUUUCUGUUUUAAUGAGUGUAUGGCAUCAGAAGAUCUAUAUUAAUAUAUUGUACGUAGCUUGAAUUGUGUGAUUGCAUUCUAUUUAUUUUGUAUUAUCAUUUGGUUGGUUGGUACUGGAGGAUUGGAAGCAUGUGUCCAAAAAAACAGUAGGUGAUCCCUUAAUGAUAUUUACAUAUGCAUUUUUAAGAAUUAUAUGAUUGGGCUUUUCAGAAUCAAAGCACAAGAUCGACUUUCAGUCGCACAAAUGCAACAAAAGUGCAGUUAGUGUAGGAUCCUCGGUGCUGUACGGAAGCUAUCAGGCCCGUUAUUGCUAACGCACGCCAGCGAUGAACUUUUGCCCUCAGAGUCGCCAAGCUUCGAGAGCAACGUGUUCGUUAACCACCAGCAGACCAAUGAAUGAUGCUAAUGGAACCGGCUACUAAUGUUGUUAAUUAGGCGACGCCUUUCCGUUCCAAAAACAUGUCAUGGUGGAAGAUGUACACACACUUCCCCAGCAGAUAAACAUUGCAUGCUCGCACAAACAUUAGGCCAAAUGCAGAGUUUGCUAUAACACUGCAGCGCGAAUGUAAAAUAAAACGCCCCAUUGCAUGGGCAAAUGGAGCCUGCUUUCUAAAUGAA